AUGCCUCCGAUCUCUCUCGAGACCCCCGACACGUCCACCGCCAUCGCGGGCGUCGAGACACCGGACGACCUCCUCGCCCGCCUGGCUUCGGAGCUGUUCGACCCGCUAGCGCCCGCAAGCUGUGUCGCGCUCGGGUCGACCUGCCGUGGCAUCCGUAGCGCGCUGACGAGCGUGCUGGAGGAACUCCGGCAGUCUCGAAGGAGCGCGGAGCAGCUGACUCGCCGGCUCGCACCGCAGACGGGCCUCUUCCCGACAAAGUGCUGGAGGCUGCAACUCAUGCAAGAGCUCAACCUCAACCACUUGCGCGUCGCCGAGAUGGCCGACUUUGGCGAGCUGAUUUCCAGGAUGCACAGCUCAACGGGUGGUGACUCGCCUGACUCGGUGACCGAGCUCGCGCGGCUCGCCGGGCUCGGCGACGAGCUGCCGAAGGCGGAGGCGGCGGCGGGCUGGGAGGCGGCGGCAAGAGACCCGCUCGGUGAGCCGGUCUCCUUCUCCGAACUGCAGCCGCUCUCGAAGUUGGGAGCAGGCGAGUUUUGCACUGUGCACUCGGCCUCGUUCCGGGGCUGCAUGGUCGCUUUGAAGCGGCUCCGGAGAGAUCUACCUUCCUGCCGAGAGUCGAUAGGGCUGGCAGAUCUUCAACGAGAAAUCGCCAUCCUCUCGCGGCUCGAGCACCCGAACAUCAUUCGCAUGGUCGCGCACGGCACCGGGAAGGAUGGGGCGCCCUUUUGCUGCCUCGAGAUGUUUUCGCAGCCGCUGAGUGCGCUCCUGCCCACCUCGACGGGCGUGCUUGCGCACAAGUGGGAGGCGCGCCAGUGGCCUCUCGCCCGCGGGCUCUCGGUCGGGCUGCAGCUCGCGAGGGCGCUGCGGCAUUGCCACGACGAGUUCCUGCCCGGAUACAGGCUCUUCCAUCGCGACAUCAAGCCAAACAACGUCGGCGUUUUCGCCGACGGGCGCGUGGUGCUCGCCGACUUCGGGCUGCUCGCGCUGUGGGAGAAGGACGCGGCCGACGACGACGCCGCCCGGCAGCUCACCGGCAUGACGGGCUCGCUCCGGUACAUGGCGCCCGAGGUCGCCCUCUCGCAGCCGUACAACCACAAGGCGGAGGUCUUCUCCUUCACCUCGCUGCUGUACCACAUGCUCUCGCGCCGCAAGCCCUUCGAGUUCAUGACGCCCUCGGUCUUCCUGCGCGAGGUGUGCUGCGGAGGCAACCGGCCUCCACUCGGCAAGGCGUGGCCCUUCCAGCUGCACGCCCUCGUGAAGGCGGGCUGGUCCUCCACCGCGUCGCACCGGCCAGAGUUCGCGGAGGUCGUGCGCGUCCUCGAGGAGACGGCGAGGGAGGUGUCCGCGGCGGGCGGGCAUGCCUUCCUGGGCGGGCGGACGCCCGACGCCGGCCGUCGCCUUCUUCUUGAUCCGCCGCGGAUGAGUCGGAUUCAGAGCGCUCGUAGCUUCGCGCAGUAGCGCGGACGCCGUCGUUGGGUUCCGAGAGUUUUUCUGAUGUAAAUGUCGCAUGUGCAUAAUGUGCAA